AUGGAGAAUGUCGAAUCGAGACUGGAUCCUGGAUCCAUUGUCUUAGUCACAGGCGCCAACGGAUAUAUAGGAUCGACCAUUGCCGACCUUCUCUUGCAAGAGGGGUACUAUGUCCGUGGGACCGUCCGUGGCCACAAACCCUGGCUACAGCGAUACUUUGAUGAGAAAUAUGGGAAAAUGAGGUUUGAGGCGGUGGUUGUACCAGACCUGGGCGUCCAGGAAGAUCUCGUGUCGGCUCUCGAAGGUGCACAGGGGUUGAUACAUGUGGCAGCAGAUGUUGCAUUUCAACCAGACGCCGAAAAAAUCAUCUCUCAAACCAAAAUGCACACAGUGGCAGCUCUCCAGGCUGCCGCAAGAGUGUCGACCAUGAGGAGCUUUGUCCUCACAUCCUCUGCAUCGGCUGCUUGCUCCCCAAGCAUCAAUGAACAAGGCAUAGCCAUCAAUGACGACACCUGGAACGAUAGGGCAGUGGCUGCGGCUUGGUGCAAAACCACUUCGCCAGAAGAACUGCCAUAUAAUGUCUACGCGGCUGCGAAAACUGAGGGUGAACAAGUUCUGUGGAAGUUUGCCAGAGAGAAUAACCCGACUUUUACGGUCAACACAGUCUUACCGUCUGCAUGUUUUGGGUCCAUCCUCUGUCGAGAGAUCGGAGGCAGCACCAUGGGUGUAGUCCGUCGAGUGUUGUCGGGAGAUUCUGAGAUGUUUUCUCUACUUCCACCGCAGUGGUUUGUAGAUGUUACAGACUGUGCACGACUUCACCUAGCCGCGCUGAUUGUCAAGUCAAUCGCAGACCAAAGGAUCUUUGCCUUUGCCGAAACAUUCAACUGGACCGACAUUAUCACCAUCCUUCGCCACAUCCGUCCCGGCAACAACGAUAUUCCCGAACCCCCAGCUCAUGAAGGGCGAGAUUUGUCCCAUGUCACACCGCGGCUCAAGGCAGAGUGCAUUCUGCGACAGUACUGGAAUUCCGGAGGCUGGACUAGCCUGGGGGACAGCAUUGCUGCAGGUAUAGGGGAUAUCUCAUGA